AACACAUAUAAUCUAAAACAUCGAAAGCUAAUUAAUCAAUGGAGAAUUACAGUUUGAUUUUUGUUUGUAUGGUUGCCUACCUUGUCUCCUUUGCUUCAGCAAAACCAGGGAUUGCCACCUUUUAUACAAAAUAUAUUCCUUCUGCAUGCUUCAAAAACCAGGAUCAUGGAAAAAUGAUUGCUGCAGCUGGUGAUGCACUAUGGAAAAAUGGGGCAAUGUGUGGGAAAAAGUUCACCGUGAAAUGCACCGGACCUCGAAAUGGCGUACGACAUCCAUGCACAGGCAAGAGCGUUACUGUGAAGGUCGUUGAUCAGUGUCCGGGAUGCCCAUCGACAAUGGAUCUCUCAAGAGAGGCCUUCGAAAUUAUCGCCAAACCGGUUGCUGGUAUCAUUAACAUCGACUACAAGAAGGUUUGAUCAAUUUUGGCACACAAUGAAAAAGUGAAGAUUAGGGAUAAU